GUUGUCGAUAUUGCAGGCUCAAGCAUUCCUGGUGACAUAUCAUCUAAUACGGCUAAUCAAGCAAUGAAGGUCGAGAGAUCAGUUUUCAAGAACGGAAUCACCGAACGAGCACAGAAUGUGCUAUAA